UGAUCCUGGAAGCAUUGCAAUCGGGAAUCGGCGUUCAGUGCAAAAUUCAGAAGGAAUAAAUAGUUCAUCAAAACCAAGAAACCUUUAUUUUAAAUUGUUAAAUCUCGAGUGAGAAGCAGGCUGGCCUUGAAGCUCACAUCGUCAGUUAUUGCCUAUAACUCAAGCUAUAAAUUUUAAACUAAAAUUAGGCAACACAAAAAUUGUAAAAGAAAAUUCUUGUAAGGAGGAAUAACCGUAAAAGGAAGACAUUUUUACAAACGAACAAAAACAAAGAAAUAAUGAGUGAUCUGAAGUUAACUGUAGCCUUGACCAGCGUCAACGGAGAGAACAUGUCCCGCCACGACAUGCUGCAGUGGGUCAACACCAUGGUGCAGGGCCAAUUUAAGAAGAUCGAGGAGCUCUGUUCUGGUGCCGCCUACUGCCAGAUGAUGGAGAUGAUCUUCCCCAACUGCAUCAACAUGAAGCGGGUGAAGAUGAGCGCCAAACUGGAGCACGAGUACUUGCACAAUUUGAAGCUCUUCCAGAGCGCCUUCAACCGCUUGAAGCUGGACAAGACGGUGCCCAUUGAUCGCCUCAUCAAGGGCAGAUUCCAGGAUAACUUUGAAUUCCUGCAGUGGUUCAAGAAGUUCUUUGACUCGCAAGCACCCAGCUUGGAGAACAAAAUGUCCUUGGCCAAUGCCCCGGUGAUCAAGCCCAUCAGGCCGCGUGGUUUCGCCAAGGAGGAGGAAGCUCUCACCAAGCCGGUGCAGGCGGAGCAGGAACACCUAGAAGACGAUGAUACUCUCAAGGAACUAAUUGGCGAAACUCAGACCCUAAGUCUCAGGAUUGAAAGUGCCAUUGAAAAUCGCGAUUUGUCCUACCGAAAGUUACUCAUGAUCGAGAACCUAAUUAUGGAUAUGAUUAGCAAAAACCAAAUGGUGGAUCUCUGUGAACGCAUCCAGACGGUGAUCGUGGCUCCAAUGGAUGGCCAGGCCAACGGAGAGGAUGCAAGCUCGGCAGAUGGUGCGGAUCCCAAUGAGGGAAUGUAUUAGGGCGUCAUUUUUUUUUUGUACACUGUUCCGUUUGUAAAUAACUAUUUUAUUAUGUGAAAUCGAAUGUGAAACUAAAGUACAUUAAAAAAAACUAAACAAA